GCUGGGUUGGAGAGAGUCCUAAAUAGUCCAGAUUAAACUCCCUCUGUUUCUGCCUCUCUCCCUCUCCCUACCUAUCUCUCUCUCUGUCUCUCUCUCUCUCUUUCCCUCCAUCCCUCUUUCAUUUUCUCUAUCCCUCUCAUUCUCUCAUUCUCUCGCUUUUUCUCUUGUUCCUAUUCUCUCUCUCCCUCUGUCUACCUCCCUCUACCUCUCUCUCAGUUUCUAUAUCCCCCUCUCUCUCUCUCUAGCCCUCACUUUCACCCAGACACUCAGUUCAUAUGUGUCUCUUGUGUCUAACAGCAGACAUGUCUACAGGAGGAGUACACCGCGGCUUCCUCAGAAAAUAUGGUGGUUUCAAGCUGUUUAAGCAGUGGAAGGAGCGCUACCUGGUGCUGACAGUAGAAGGCAGUCUGAGGGUGUGUCGCGAUGCAGAGAGUCCUCCUGACCAGGUGGUGGCACUGCAGUGGAACUGUGAGGCCAUCGUAGAGGGCAGGGAGAUCCUGGACCUACCACGGCUUCCCCCAGGGGGAAGGAGAGACUGCUGCUUCGCCCUCAUCCUGCCCCAGGAAAAGUUCCUGUUACUACUGGCUGACAGCCCAGAGGACUGCAGUCUCUGGCUGAAGUUGAUCAGGAAAGUGAGAGAGGGUGUGAUGUCAACGCUCGUCCUGCAGAGACAGCAGAGCCUGACCCCGAGCCUCACCGCCCACAUCACAGACAGAGACCCCCAACCUGACACUCCCACCGACAGGGACACCGCCUCGCCACGGGCGACAGUGAGCACCUCGACCCCCACCGCCACCCCGACUGGCACCCCGACCGUCACCCCCACCACGACGCCCUCAGCCUCCCGGGCCGGGUCCUUCAGAGACAACAGCCUGGGUCAAUCAGGACAUCAACAGAGAGACAACAGCCUGGGGGGCGGCCACAGACAGUCAGUGCGGUCCGUGCGUAGCGUGGCAUCAGUAGCUCCACCCCACCGUACGUCAGACUGUCUUCGCCACGGUAACAGCAGCGACGCGCGGGCGGUGAGGGCAGUUUGUCUGCUGAUGGGAGGGGCAGCAGCCUCCUCCGCUCUGGGCUACCUCCAGUCCUGUUCUCCCUCCUCCCCUCUGAACUCCAGAGCCUCCAGCCUGCAGGAGCAGGGCCCGCUGGGCCACGGCGGGGGGGCCGGGAGCUUCUCAGAGAUGGGAGGGGGGUCAGGUGGGUCCUUCCAUUGUAGUCAGGACAUAGACAACCCCCCACAAUUCAACAGUUUCGACUUCGAGGGAGGAGACUCCGACUUUGAUGCCUUUGAUUGCGGAGGGUUCGCUUUUUAGGGGUUAAAACAAAUACAACUGUGAACGGUUGAUAAUAUAUUAUUUGUUGAAUUACUGUGGUUUACUGUAUAGGAUCUAUAACAGCCUUAGAAAGUUCCUGUCUAUUGUUGUCUUUAAGUGUUAACCUGUACCAUUAUUGAAUUGUUUGAUCACAUGUACUUCCUAUGUGUUAGUUAAUGAAUUUUACAGUCUUAACGAUCCUAACUUGAACCCUCCUUAACCCGGGCUGUCCCACACUGACCACCUUUAUAAAAUAGCUCUCUGUUAAGUGUUGUCGUUCUGGUAACACCCCUAACCCUGAGUGUUGUUGGUCUGGUAACGCCCCUAACCCUGGGUGUGUUUGGUCUGGUAACGCCCCAAACCCUGGGUGUGUUUGGUCUGGUAACGUCCCAAACCCUGGGUGUGUUUGGUCUGGUAACGCCCCUAACCCUGGGUGUGUUUGGUCUGGUAACGCCCCUAACCCUGGGUGUGUUUGGUCUGGUAACGCCCCUAACCCUGGGUGUUGUUGGUCUGGUAACGCCCCUAACCCUGGGUGUGUUUGGUCUGGUAACGCCCCUAACCCUGGGUGUUGUUGGUCUGGUAACGCCCCUAACCCUGGGUGUGUUUGGUCUGGUAACGCCCCUAACCCUCGGUGUUGUUGGUCUGGUAACGCCCCUAACCCUGGGUGAUGUCGUUCUGGUCACGCCCCUAACCCUGGGUGUGUUUGGUCUGGUAACGCCCCUAACCCUGGGUGUGUUUGGUCUGGUAACGCCCCUAACCCUGGGUGUGUUUGGUCUGGAAACGCCCCUAACCCUGGGUGUGUUUGGUUUGGUAACGCCCCUAACCCUGGGUGUUGUCAGUCUGGUAACGCCCCUAACCCUGGGUGUGUUUGGUCUGGUAACGCCCCUAACCCUGGGUGUUGUCGUUCUGGUAACGCCCCUUACCCUGGGUGUGUUUGGUCUGGUAACGCCCCUAACCCUGGGUGUUGUCGUUUUGGUAACCCCCUAACACUGAAUGUGUUUGGUCUGGUAACGCCCCUAACCCUGGGUGUUGUCGUUCUGGUAACGCCCCUUACCCUGGGUGUGUUUGGUCUGGUAACGCCCCUAACCCUGGGUGUUGUUGGUCUUGUAACGCCCCUAACCCUGGGUGUUGUUGGUCUGGUAACGCCCCUAACCCUGGGUGUUGUUGGUCUGGUAACGCCCCUAACCGUGGGUGUGUUUGGUCUGGUAACGCCCCUAACCCUGGG